AUGGAAACAAAGAUAUACAGAAAAUUGAAAAAGUCAAUAAUGAAGGCAAUCCAUCUCAAGAUGGCCUAUGAAGUUAUUGAUGAUCAAGUGAUUGUUCAUCCAAAAGUCAUUUUGAAGCAAGUCAAAGAUUAUGCAUCAAUGAAGGAUAUCCGUAGAUUAUUAUUUGCUCUCUUUAAAAUGAAUAAGCCAACACCUUUCGCUGAACUACCAGAGUUUUCAGGAGUACAGCCAGUUGGAAAGGUUAUUUUUAUAGAUGCACCCAUUUUGGAUCCUCACGAGCUAGGUCUACCAUUAGAGGUACCUUGGGUAUCCAAGUCAGACACUCCAGAAGUUUACGACAAGAUUGUUUCGAGCAGCAUUCGGGAUUAUAUCAACGUAGAGGACGAUAUCAUUGGCUUGGUUACUGUAGUGGGGUUUGAUCAAUACAAGAGAGUGGGUGACCGGUUUAUGGACCUACUCGAAGUGCCUUUAACCAAGGCAGACGUAAAGAAGAGACGAGAGGAAGAGGAGAAGCUACCGGAUGGAACGCUAGCUAUUCCUCCAGAAAUGCUUGUUAUGACACUAGAAGAAUUAAAAGUAGAAGAUUUUCCGAUUCAUCCAUCGUUAGAUCCGAAUAGCGUGUUAGAAGACGGUUGGAUAGAAACAUCGCCUGGAAAGGGAGCAAAAGUGAAAAGACUGGUUGCCCUCGACUGUGAAAUGUGUAAAACUGUGAAUGGGUAUGCUAUUACUAGAGUAGCGCUAAUUGAUAGAGAGCACACUAUUCUUAUUAAUGAGUUUGUAAAGCCGACAGAGGAAGUUACAGAUUACAUUACGCACAUUAGCGGUGUCAGUGAACAAUCACUUGUCGGAGUCAAGACGACAUUGGCAGACAUUCAAAAAAAGCUUUUGACAUUGAUUGACGGUGACACCAUUCUUGUCGGUCACGGAUUAGUCAAUGACUUAAGAUGCUUAAGAAUGAAGCAUCCAUAUAUUAUCGAUACUUCAAUCAUAUAUCACCAUAAAAAUGGACCACCUUAUAAAGCAUCACUGAAAGAUUUAGUUGCAAAGUACCUGAAACGAUCAAUUCAGGUUGAAAGCGUGGAUGGCCACGAUCCAUGUGAGGAUGCUAUUGCCAGCUUAGAAUUAGUAGAGCGUAAGCUUCAGCGUGGUAUAAAUUAUGGCCUCACGGGCUUAUCCCAGGUCAAGACUAUUCUAGACAAUUUGAACAGCCAAGAGCAAGCAGCAGCCGUGAUUGAGGCUAAUGCAAACUUGAGUGUGUCAAUGAAUCGAAUGUUAUCAGAACAUCUCUUAAAGGGCUACUUUCCAGAAGCGAAUGAUGAGUAUGUGUGCAAGAAACUGAUUGAAUUACAUCCUUCAAAAAAGUUUAUUUUUGCCCGACUCGACCUACCACAAGAAACAGAACAAGACAGACAAUCAACAUUUCAUGCCUUGUUUUCCAACGUUUAUAAACAUGCGGAGCCUUAUACUGUAUUUUGUUUGUCGACUGGAUAUAGAAAAAACAAACAAAGAGAAGAAUUAAGAGAAAAGCGGUUACAAUACAAAAAGAACUUGAAAAAAACAGGCUUGGAAGAUAUUCCGAUGGAAGAGCGCUGGAGUCCAGAGGAAGAGCUGCUCCUAGAACAAACUUCUGAUUCAACUCGUCGCGGAUUUGUAUUUAUUCAUGUCAAAGGAGCUGAUAAAUAA